AUGGAGCAGCUACAAACCGAACUGGAGCAGCUCAUUAAGCAAUCGUUCCAUUUUGAGCCCAUCAGCACCCAGCGUCACGAUCAAUGGUACAAGCGCGUGUAUCAAAGCUCAUGGAAGGACGGGGGUUGCCCUCUGAUUCUAACCCCCAAAGUCUCACGGGAGGAGUGGACAGCACAGGUGCACCAAUUUGCCGUCAAUUUCGCGAAAGCAGUCCACGGCGCAAUCAACAAUAGCUCAAAAAUGCGGCAGGAUGCUCUUCAGGCGGAAGAAAUCUCAACUGACAACAAACUGUUCCAAGACGCGGUGCUCGACGAGUUCCAAACCACGUUCACGCCUUGUAGCGCCAAGGAGAAUACAUUAACACCAGCCAUGCAGCGGCUCGUGUUCUGGACUGAGCCCCAUGACAAUUUCCAGCCCGUGGCAGAUGCGGUUCGGGCGCUGUUGGCAUGUGAGCAGAUUGGGCCUUUGCUAUACUUGGCCCGUCGUCGCGGGGAAAUCCCGCUCAAAGACCUGGCACCGAAGAACGCCAAACUCUGGACCCGAAGACGCUUCAAAACAGACAACACGGGCUGGGAGCUUGGGUUGGGAGAGGCUCUUGAAUUCCUCUUCUUCGUCGAGAUUCUCAAGUGCUUUCCCGACGUGUUGGGUAAGGAGGAAGAAUGCGAGAGAUGGGUCCCUUACACAUAUGCCGAGGAGACUUCGCCUAUGCGGCGCUACCUACGAAACCGGAACGGCACUCAUUCUAAAAUCAUAUCAAACACUGACAAAGAGAUUCAGCGGUGUUUCCGAAUCGUGUGUCUCCACCAGAUGCUACGGGACGCGUGCGGGUUACCAGCCCUGAAUCUAGAGGAAUAUGUUAUCAAUACGUUCCUCUCCUUCCUGGGAUUCGAGGCUUGGAACCGUUGGCGAGAGGGAGAGGGAUACCUGGGAACUGAUUUGAAUAAAAUGAAGGACGAGAAGUGGCUGUGGCAGAAUAUGGGCGACGACGCGAAGCAGGCUGCUGAGAAACAAAGGGAGCUCGAUGCACAUGAUUCCUCAAGUGCCGCGCCAAAGCCGCCGAGGCCGCGAGAUCCCCUUCGACUGCGAGAGCCGAAAGCAAAGCCUGUUGAGGAGCCUAGCGAAGAAGAUCUUGCUGAGCUAAGUAAAUUGGCAGCGUUGGAGGCUGAGGAAGCAACAUAUGGGCGGAAGAGAAGCGCCAAAUAUCACCGGAAUCAGUAG